GAGCCUGCGCCGAAACCGACUGCGCAUGCGCACUCGCCAUUGUUUGGACUAUAGAUUAGCCAAAUACUGUCAAUCUGUCUUCAUACCAGAAGCUUUUAAUUAAGGAGCAGACCGUUUUUGAGAUUAAGUAAAAGUUACGUUAAACUAGUGAUCACUGCUCCUGUAUGAGUGUUUAAGUAACAACAGAUCGACGCGGAAGAAUGACAGACCAGAGGAGUGGAUAUCAGCAGUUGAAUAAUGAGGAGGAGUCAGUGGAGGUGUUUCAACAAGCCGCUGACGCACCUCCUCCGUACAGCAGCAUCACAGCGAGUAACGCAGCUUUCUUUGAGUACAAAGAGGAUGAGGUUUACCCCAAACCCCCCUCAUACAAUGUUGCCACAUCACUGCCGUCAUACGACGAGGCUGAGAGGAGCAAAGCGGAGGCCACCGUUCCUCUAGUCACUGACAGGGAUGAGGACUUCAUUGCCAGAGACAGCUUUGAAGAUACGGAUCAGCUGCGUGUUGGGAACGAUGGGAUUUUCAUGCUUACGUUUUUCAUGGCGUUCCUCUUUAACUGGAUUGGCUUCUUCCUGUCCUUCUGCCUGACCACGUCUGCGGCUGGACGCUAUGGGGCCAUCUCUGGGUUUGGACUGUCUCUGGUCAAAUGGGUCCUGAUUGUCAGGUAUUCUACCUACUUCCCUGGAUAUUUCGAUGGCCAGUACUGGCUGUGGUGGGUUUUCCUCGUUGUAGGAUUCCUGCUGUUCUUCCGGGGAUUUGUUAACUAUUCCAGAGUGCGCAACAUGGCAGAUCAUUCCAUGUCUACCCUCCCUCGAACCCGAGUUCUUUUUAUCUAUUAGAUUAAAAUCUCAGGAUAAUUGCAAAAUGAACAAAACGGCAAAGUCAAAGAGAACCGCCUACAGCUUUUUUGAAUCUUCAGGACAUAACAACAGUGCAAAGAACACAUCUGCUUCAGACGCCCUUGCACUUCUCAGUUGUUUGCAUAAUGCAACUCUUUACAUUGGCAUUUUUUACUAAAGCUUUCGAGUUCCUCCAACCAUUUAUCAGUGCUUAAUACAGUCGUACAGUAUACAUUCAUUAUGCAGUUAGAAACUACUUACUUACAUUUGCAUGUGCUCCAGUUAGCGGUGAGGCCAUCGAGAAUCUGCUUUUGUAAAAUUCCCCGUUUGUUUCUGUGGGUUUUCUCUUAAUUUGUGGAAAAGUUGUAAUUUUACUUUGUGAGUAAAUCUAGUAUCUGAACUUUGUGAACUAGAACAAGAGUAUGUAUAUACAGUAUACGAGAAGAGCGAUAUUAAACGUUAUAAACAUGCACUUUCAAGAUAUAAACAGAAUAAGAUGCACCGAGCGACUACCAGGUCCUUGUAAAGCGAAAAGCAUGUUAAGGCAAAGUUUAUUCAAGAAUAUGUCGGCUUGUUUUAAAUUACUGUCACAAAACGGACCAACAUACUCUUAUUAUAUAAUAGGUUAGCUUAGACUCAUAGCAGUUCAAUGUAAACGGCAAACUGAUUCAGAAUGAAAGCACACCUGAUUAUGUAAUGCGCUUAAUCAAUCAGUAUGAAUUACAGAAUAUUUUAUGAUGCCAAAUGUAGCAGUAGAUGGUUCAUUGAUCUUUUAAUUUUUAUUGAAGGCUUCAGUUUGGGAUAGUGCUUCUCAAUGUGUUGUUUGUGAUUUGUAUGUUGUACACUUGUCAAGUAACUUUUAAUAAA